GCCAAUCAAAAACGCCCUUUGUCUGACGUCGUAACCGGACACAUUUCAGCUAAUGUUUGUACAGUACACAACUCCAAAUUAUAAACCUAAACAAAACAUCUGCAAUCAAAUUUUGGUCAAGUUCAGGACUUACAUAUAAAUACUCCAAUUAUUUACGAGUAGAACUGACUAUAAUUCUUGCGCUUCGUAAAGCAAACAGCUCCGCUUCAUCUGCGCUUAAUUGUUAGCUUAGCUUAGCCAUGCUCUCCGCUUUCAUUGGACUUGUGUGCUGCGUCUCAGUUUCGCCACGGACGACGGAUAUAAGGAUAUAAUUUUUCUUCCCCCUCCCUUUUUUUACUGUAAGCUUCAGAGCAAUCUUGGACAUUUAUUCGCCGAUUAAAUACGAUAUAGGAGCGCCGCUCAAGCAACAGAACCUGCUCAUUGUUUGACAUUUGGUUGGUAAGCUAGCCAGUGGGCUAACUUAGACUAGCUCGCUUGGCAACAUUUCCAUCGAUAUUUUCUUGAACCGUUAUCUGUCUACUGUAACAUGGACAUAGAGAAGACAGUGAACGCGUGAUAAAUCUUCUCGAAGAAGCGGAGUUCCACUAUUCUGUUCCUUUCCCCCCUUUUUUCAUCACUAUGGCUUCCUCGUCUGGAAAUGACGACGACCUCACCAUACCGAGAGCAGCUAUCAACAAAAUGAUCAAAGAAACUUUGCCUAACGUACGGGUGGCCAACGAUGCCAGGGAGCUUGUGGUCAAUUGCUGCACAGAGUUCAUCCAUCUUAUUUCCUCCGAGGCGAAUGAGAUCUGUAACAAAUCCGACAAGAAGACCAUAUCUCCAGAGCAUGUCAUUAACGCCCUCGAGAGCCUUGGUUUCGGCUCGUACAUCACAGAGGUGAAAGACGUGCUGCAGGAGUGCAAAACGGUUGCUCUUAAGAGGAGGAAGGCCAGCUCUCGACUGGAAAACCUGGGCAUUCCGGAGGAGGAACUCUUGAGGCAGCAGCAGGAGUUAUUUGCCAAGGCGCGGCAGCAGCAGGCGGAGCUUGAACAGCAGGAGUGGCUGCAGAUGCAGCAGGCUGCCCAGCAGGCACAGAUGGCAGCAGCAUCUGCAAGCGUUGCCCAGCAGGCGGGCUCUUCUCAGGAUGAAGACGAAGAGGACGAAAUGUGACCCCCCCCCGCGACCCACUUUACUGUGUUUGAAUUUAACGUUAGGAAAGUUUUGGUACACAAAUCUCAGUUUUGCCAUGAACAGGGACUUAAAACAUGUUUGUGUACUUGAAAUUUAGAAAGCUAAAGAAAGGGAUGCGAGGGGAGAAACGGCCCCACAUGCACAUUCAAAGAAGCGUUUUUACCGGAAAAUGGUAAAAAUGGAAAGGCUGUUUGCGAAGUUUUUCAUUAAAUUUAUAUUCCCCUGGGUUUUUUUUUUCACUUUUAUGUUCAUUGUUAAUUUAUAGAUUUUUCUUUACGUGUUGAGAGCACGUUCAAAGAGCAGACUUUGUGACAGAUAAAUUCACAGCAGAUCUUUGCUCCUUCUGAUACGGCAUUAGAAGAUCUGUUCAACUCAUCCUUGGAGCUCAAACAUGUUCAGAAUUUCUGUUCAGGAAUUUCCAAGCAUCUGCUUUCUGCAUCUUUCUCCCUUCUCGGUUUAUUUGUCAAAGUGAAUUCAUGCAGCAUGUGUGUUGGUAUCUGUGCAUCAGCGUCUGCCUGUGUACUGUGUAGGGUUAGAUUUAGAGAGCAUAGGCUAAUGGCAGGACGCUAAUGCCCAUGUACUGCUGUUUGCUACAUAGAGAACUUAAAAGGCAUUAUUGUUUAAUUUUUAGAUCAUCCAGGCACUUCUUUUCCUUUAAACACCCACAGUAUUGAUAAUUAGCAGCACCUACACAUUUUUGUUUCAUAGAACCAAAGAUGGGGGAUUUAACUUUUGUAGUUUUCUUUUCCUUUUUUAGAUGUAGGUGCUGCUUAGUCAAGAUCUUCUAAAAACCAUGUCAAAGACAAUAAACUUGAAUCUCUGUGAGGCACUUGGGUGUCUAGGCUUACAUUGCAGUUUCCAUUCUAGUUCUUUUACAACAUAAUAUAUUUCCAUCAGGAAUUUGGGACAUCUUUGGAAAAAACCAACCACCUUAUUGUGAUAUGCAUUUAUUGUCUGUUCUACAGAAAUGUAUUCUUUCAACAAUAAAAUAAUUUUUUAUAGACUUUUUUUUUUUUAAUCUUCUAAGAUGUACUGUUCUGCUUGCUUACAUUAUUAUGGUAUCUUUUUCUAUGACCUUUGUAUAAUAAAGCAAAGUACAUUCUG